CGUCGGCGCUUCCCGCCUACCCGGAAGAGCCGCGCGGGGCCCACGCGUGGGCAGCGCCAUGGCCUCGGCGCCCAAGAGGCCCAAGGGACCGGAGCGGGGACCGGAGCGGCCCCGCCGCUCCCCUCUGUGUCCCCCCCCUCGCUGUCCCCCCCCGGCGGCCGCCGGCAGCAGCGCCGAGCCCCUCGCCGCCUUCCUGGCGUGGUGCGGGCGGGCCGGGGUGCAGCUCAGCCCCAAGGUGCGCCUGAGCAGGGAGGGGGCGGUGGCGGGGUACGGCGUGCUGGCGGCCGAGGAGCUGGAGGAAGGAGAGCUCCUCUUCAGCGUCCCCCGCAGCGCCGUGCUGUCCCAGCACACCAGCUCCAUCCAGGCGCUGCUGCAGGAAGCCCAGGAGUCCCUGCAGAGCCAGUCGGGCUGGGUGCCGCUGCUGCUGGCCCUGCUGCACGAGUACACGGCCAGCAGCUCGCCCUGGCAGCCGUAUUUCUCCCUCUGGCAGGACUUCAGGAGCCUGGAUCACCCCAUGUUCUGGCCUGAAGAAGAGCGAACAAGGCUGCUACAGGGCACGGGCAUCCCCGAAGCUGUGGACAAGGACCUGGCUAACAUCCACCUGGAGUACAGCUCCAUCAUCCUGCCUUUCAUGGAGUCCCACCCCACCAUCUUCGACCCCAAGGUGCACACGCUGGAGCUGUACAAGCAGCUGGUGGCAUUUGUCAUGGCUUACAGCUUUCAGGAACCUCUGGAGGAGGAAGACGAAGAUGAAAGGGGGCCCAACCCUCCGAUGAUGGUGCCUGUAGCAGAUAUUUUGAAUCACGUGGCCAACCACAACGCCAACCUGGAAUAUUCUCCCCAAUGUUUAAGGAUGGUGACAACACGGCCCGUCAGCAAGGGCCAGGAGAUCUUCAACACCUACGGGCAGAUGGCCAACUGGCAGCUCCUGCACAUGUACGGCUUCGCGGAGCCCUACCCCGGCAACACCAACGACACGGCCGACAUCCAGAUGGUGACAGUGCGCGAGGCAGCGCUGCAGCGUGCUGGAAGCGAAGCGCAGCAGCGGCUGGUCUCCGAGCAGUGGGAUUUCUUGUGCCAGCUGGAGAUGGUGGGGGAGGAAGGCGCCUUUGUGCUUGGCUGGCAUGAGGUGCUGACAGAGGAGGAGCUGUCCGUGACCCUGAAGGUGCUCUGCAUGUCAGAAGAAGAAUUCAAAGCAUGUAAGGAACAAGAUGGCUGGGAAGACGACAGCGAGGAAGAGGAAAACUCUACCCUUUCUAAUGAGGCUCUCUCCAGGCUUAAAACCCCUUGCAAGAAGCUCCUUUACGACAGUGUGCUGCUGACCCUGGAGUCCUACGGGUCAGACUUGAAAGCAGAGCAGGACUUGCUAAAUAACAAAGAGGCUUAUGAGAAACUGAGUCGAAGGGAGCAGCAAGCUUUGCAUGUGCGCUACGGCCAGAAAAGGAUCUUGCAUCAGCUGCUAGAGCUGGUACGGUAAAAAGCUCGCUGCCCCUGGAACUGUGCUCGGGAAGGGCAGGUCAGCCUUUGGCCAUCUCUUCUACAGCAGCCAGAAGAAAGGGCAAGAUUGAAUACGGGCCCCACUUGUCCCUCGUGGCACGUGGCUUUUUAGCUACCUCUGCCUAAACAAAGCAUCUCCCACAGCACAGAAGUGGUUCCGGGUGGCCGUAUCUUCCAGCGAGAGCUCUGGAGCCACAACUACCACCUUCUAGAGAGUUAAAACCCCGAGGUCCUGCUGGCUGUUUUGGGAAGGCAGACAUACACUGUCAGAACAGCAAGCGGGUUCCCUCAUUUAGCAUCAGGAAUCUAAUGCAAGAACUGCUCCUCGUCCGGAUGAAGAGGGCAGAAAUCCAGCUGGUAGCUCUUACCUUAGAGAGGGUCAGAGUAAACAUCUGGCGGGUGGAGAUGCUGACAGCAGCAAACUCUUCACCUAUACUUAGUUAAUACUGAGCAUUUUAGAGAGUACAGGCCCAUCCAUCUGGUUUUCAUGUAGGCUCGGUGUAGCAAGAUCUUUACCUCUAUAAAAAGCAUUUCUGUAUGGGCUUGAGAUUAAAGGAGCACUGUCAGUUCUGCAGCUGCUGCAGGCUAAGCAUUUGAUACACACCCUCCAGGUGAUACAGUUCUUCCCCGAAGUCCAGCAUUGCUCUGCAUCAUGUUUAACUCUAUUAAUAUUAUUUUUCCCCUCAGCAGUUUUUGCAUGAAAAAACACUGGAGGUUGGCAGGCCAAGCUAUAUUUAAUAAAGAUGUUUCUUACUCAGCCAA